AGAACCGAACCCCUGGAAUGAGCAGUGAGUUAGCCCUGCAGUACUGCUUCCUAACUACUGUGCCACUUGGUAGCCAGUUCAUAGUUCCUCUGGUUCUGAUAUACACUCAAGUUUUCUUUCUCCCCAAAAGAUGAUAAACAGAGGCAGGGCUGUUGAGCAUCAUUUGAUGAACUCCUUGACAAUUGCAUUUUUCUGUAGAGAUGCCCUCAUCAAAAUGAAAGAUGUGUACGAGAAAAACCCACAAAUGGGUGAUCCGGGAAGUCUUCAGCCAAAAUUAAUGGAAACUAUGAACAACAUGGACCGUCUGCGGAUGGAAAUCCACAAGAACGAGGCAUGGCUUUCUGAAGUUGAAGGUAAAGUAGCAACAAGAGGAGAUCGAAGACACAGCAGUGACAUCAACCAUCUCGUAACCCAAGGAAGAGAGAGGUCACAAUGAAGGCACCCUGGCUAUGAAAGAAGGGGAGGUUUUGUAUAUUAUAGAGGAAGAUAAAGGAGAUGGGUGGACAAGAGCUCGGAGGCAGAACGGAGAAGAAGGAUACGUGCCAACUACCUACAUAGAUGUAACUCUAGAAAAAAACAGUAAAGGUUCCUGAAGCGGGUAUCUGAGAAAAUGGGCGAGAUGUUGAAGGAGGUUUACAUGCAGCUGCUUUUUUGGGGGGAGGGUGUUAGGCCCAGCAAAAUGGGGGAAAGCCAGUUGCAUGAAAGCAUGUAGGCAUAUGUUUCUCACUAACAAUGUUAGCAUUUCUCUUUGUGUGUUCCCAAAUUGUGGUAAGCUAAAACGCUCCAUUCCAACAGAACCAAACCCCACCCCGGUUUGAAAACAUAUCCGCUCCAUAGUUUGACGUUCUGAAAUGCUAGCUGUUUUUACCACUUGCAUUUUUAUACUGGCUGUUUUCAGCUGCUUCCUUUUCCAUAUCCAUUUUUUUUACAAAUCAGCAUUGAGUCCGAAAUCUUCUCAUUGACAGUCUUCUGCCUGUGUGCCACUUCCAUGCUCGCCCUAACCUUUUCCUGCAUGUCUAGAUAAUGCGUCAGGCAUGUUCGCCUAAUGUUUUUGUACUUCCAUAGUUCUUUCCUCGUCUCUUGCAUUUGUAGCAUCCUCCAGCACUAAAGUGUUUUGUUUUUUUUAAUAUAUUUCCCCUGCCCGUUUUACGUCGCUGUAAUUUGUCCGUUUGUUUUAUCUUCUUCAUUGUGACCAUUUCCAGUUCUUUGGCGUUAACACCGGCUGUGAAAGUAACAUUCAUUCUGCUUUGGGGAUGGAAUACAUCUUCAGCACUAGGCCAUCCCAGCCUAUCCUCAGCACCUCAAUAAUUUCUCAUGAGCACUGAAACCCUAGGAAUAAUAAAGAGCACAGAUUUGCCGCUGCAAGACAAACAACUCUUUUCAGAAAUCAAGUGCUUGUCAUUCAGAUGCUGCCUUAAACUCUCGAGUGCCUAAAUCUGUUGAGUUGCCAACAAUACCACUUCAGUAUCCCGCCAAGGGCUAUUGGGUCUCAGCUCUGUAUGACCUCGUGAAUCUUUCUACAGUUCUGCAGCUGUUGGUAGCCAAUGGUAGAUGCUUUCUCCAUCUCUACCAUUCCACAACAACAAGGUGCAUUGUGAACGUUCAACACACGUUGAAAAACAAAAAGUACAUGUAUCGAUUUUAUUUUACGUCCAAUGAAUGUUUUUAAUAGGAUUUUUAUGGAGCCUUUUUUUUAAUUGCCUAUUAUUAUUAUUAUUUUUUCGAGUUGGGGAAUGGGAUAAAAGACACCAGUUUUCAAACGAACUGCCGUGCUUGUCUUAUUUCCAAGUAUGCUUUAUUGUAAGGAACCCAGUUAAAAAUUGAAGUGAUAACUUUGUAAUGAUCUGUGUGCACUUUUUAUUUGUAAACAUAAUUGCGAUUUGGACACAUUUAUACAUGUAAAUAUAGUUGUCUCCCGCACCCUGGUCAUUGCUCAUGUUAUUUGUCUUGCCAUUUGUGAAUUAUGUUAAUGAAAACAUCGAAUCUAAGCAAAAUAGGGUCAUCUUAGUAUAAGGGGAGGGAUGGGGGGGGGAAAGGAGCGGUUAAAUUUAAGCUUCAUAAACCAGCUUACUGCUGUUUGUGGUAAUAUUUAAAAUCCUGCUUUUCUGAAGGUGGGAAAUCAAAGCAAUAUUUGAACACAGCGAUGCUGGUGGGAUUCCUUUAGAACUUUUUUCAGUGUUACUAGCCACUAUUACACAGAUGAUUUAGUAUAUUUACAUUGAGGGUGAUAAAACACUAAAGGUUAAAGAGUUUUGGGAUAUUGUAAACAGGGUUAUUUAUAAUAAUGUGACCAUAUGCCAUUACUGACCAAACUACAUCGAAUAGUUGUUUGUUUAAUGCUGGCUUUUUUUUUUAAUUAAAAAAAAAUAUAUCUCCAAAUGAAAGACAAUGAUUUUAAGGUUCUCACUCUUCCAGCCAAGGAACCCUAUGGAUUUAGUUUAACAGCCAGUUUGAGCUGCUUUUAACACUUCUAGUAAAGGACUAAUAGUUCUUUUGUGCUACUGUUUUUUGUAAGGCAGGAUUUGUUAACUCAGGAGGAUAUUUUCCUUCCUGUGGUUAUAAAGCAACCUUUAUGAGGGUAGUUUAAAUGUAAAGGGGAGGGGGGAAAAAAAUCUUUGUACUUGCACAGUUGGCUUAAAAUUAUUUUGAAAUGUUGAGAAUUAAUUGUCUUUUGAGUCAUAACUUCAGUAAUUUUUAAUCUUUCGUGCACGUGUUGAUUUUUUAAAUGUUUCAAUGCUUUGUUAAAUAAUAGUCGUUCUCUUCAAAAUAUUUUCAUGGAAUUAAACAAUCUUUUCAUGGCC